GCAUCGAAGAUAGCGAGACCAAGUCUUUUCUCUUCUUUAUCUUCUCUCUAUCCUCCUACGCAGCUCUUGAAACCCUAAAAGCUCUCGAUUUCCGUAGUUAAUUGAGCUGAAUCUUUUGAAGCUCCUCGAAAUUUCGGGUUCAGUGAGCAAUUCAGCUCAGAUUCGGAGCCGUGAUUGUGCCAUUUGGUGCGAUUUGGAGUUUGAUUGGUGUUUUUCGACUUUGGAUUAAAAGGCUCUCUUCAUUUAUUUAUUUAUUGUCUGCUCUGAUUGCUUUAACGCCCGUUAGAGCUUCGUUUUGGAAGAUUUCGGCUGGAGGAUGUCUUCCCUCAGUAGAGAAUUGGUAUUUCUCAUCCUUCAAUUCCUGGAGGAAGAGAAAUUCAAGGAGUCUGUUCAUAAGCUUGAGAAAGAGUCCGGAUUUUUCUUCAACAUGAAGUACUUUGAAGAUAAAGUCCAAGCUGGAGAAUGGGAAGAAGUUGAAAAGUAUUUGUCAGGAUUUACCAAAGUUGAUGACAAUAGAUACUCCAUGAAGAUAUUCUUUGAAAUCAGAAAGCAGAAGUAUCUUGAAGCACUUGAUCGGCAAGAUAAGGCAAAGGGUGUUGAGAUACUGGUGAAUGAUUUGAAAGUCUUCUCUACAUUUAAUGAGGAACUGUACAAAGAGAUUACACAGCUUUUGACUCUCAGCAACUUCAGGGAAAAUGAACAGCUGUCCAAGUAUGGUGACACGAAAACUGCUCGUACAAUAAUGUUGAUAGAGCUGAAAAAGCUCAUAGAAGCUAAUCCCCUUUUCCGCGAUAAGCUUGUUUUCCCUACUCUAAAAUCAUCAAGAUUGCGAACUCUAAUAAAUCAAAGUUUGAAUUGGCAGCACCAGCUAUGCAAGAACCCCAGGCAAAAUCCAGACAUCAAGACUUUGUUCACAGAUCAUACAUGUACACCUCCAAAUGGUCCUCUUGCCCCGACACCAGUCAAUCUUCCCGUUGCUGCUGUUGCUAAGCCAAUUGGUUAUACACCACUUGGAGCUCAUGGGCCAUUCCCACCUACUGCUGCAGCAGCAGCUAAUGCUGGUGCUUUAGCCGGUUGGAUGGCCAAUGCUUCUGCUUCGUCAUCCGUUCAAGCAGCUGUUGUUACUGCAUCGUCAAUACCUGUUCCACAAAAUCAAGUUUCAUCAGGUUUGAAACGUCCAAGAACUCCUCCAACAGCUCCAGGUCUGGUUGAUUAUCAGAGUGCUGAUCAUGAACAACUAAUGAAACGACUUCGGCCUGCCCAGUCUGUUGAGGAGGUGACAUAUCCAACACCUCGACAGCAAGCCUCUUGGUCAUUGGAGGACCUGCCAAGAACAGUAGCUUUGACGUUGCAUCAAGGAUCCACAGUGAUGAGCAUGGAUUUUCAUCCUUCUCAGUCCACAUCACUACUCGUCGGUUCUGCUAAUGGCGAGAUUACACUGUGGGAACUUAUACUGAAGGAGAGGAUGGUCUCUAAGCCGUUCAAGAUUUGGGACAUGGCCACAUGUUCAUUGCCAUUUCAGACUUCUUUUGUCAAAGAUGCACCAAUAUCUGUCAGCCGUGUGGCAUGGAGUCCAGAUGGAAAUUUUGUGGGUGCUGCAUUUACUAAACAUUUGGUCCACAUAUAUGGUUAUGCUGGAUCCCGUGAUCUACGCCAGCAUUUAGAGAUUGAUGCCCAUGUUGGUAGUGUGAAUGACUUGGCUUUUGCUCAUCCAAAUAAAACACUCUGUGUGGUCACCUGUGGAGAUGACAAGUUGAUAAAGGUGUGGGAUUUAGCUGGACGAAAGUUACAUCACUUUGAAGGUCAUGAGGCACCGGUUUAUUCUAUCUGUCCUCACCACAAAGAGAGCAUUCAGUUCAUAUUUUCAACUGCUAUUGAUGGGAAAAUAAAAGCGUGGCUAUAUGACAACAUGGGUUCUAGAGUUGACUAUGAUGCUCCUGGACACUGGUGCACAACAAUGCUUUACAGUGCUGAUGGAAGCAGGUUGUUCUCUUGUGGGACGAGUAAGGAGGGGGACUCUUUUCUUGUUGAAUGGAAUGAAAGUGAAGGCGCAAUAAAGAGGACCUAUACUGGGUUUAGGAAGAAAUCAGUGAGAGCAGGUGUUGUACAGUUCGACACGACCCAAAAUCACUUUUUGGCUGCAGGUGAAGAUAGCCAAAUAAAGUUUUGGGAUAUGGAAAAUACCAAUGUUCUGACAAGCAUAGAUGCGGAGGGUGGACUCCCGCCACUUCCCCGCUUGAAGUUUAACAAGGACGGAAGUAUUCUUGCUGUUUCAACAGCAGACAAUGGAUUCAAAGUACUUGCGAACAAUUCUGGUCUUAGAAUUAUAAGAUCGGUGGAUAUGCCCCCGGCUUAUGAAGCACUAAGAAUGCCCAUUGAAUCUUCUGUCAUGAAGGUUUCAGGCACUUCUGCUGUUCCAAAUGCCAGUCCAGUCAAUUGUAAAGUGGAGAGGAGUUCCCCUGUUAGGCCUUCUCCAAUUAUGAAUGGUGUUGACUCAAUGGGUAGAAGCAUGGAAAAGCCAAUAACGAUGGAUGAAGUGAUUGAUAAAUCGAAGCCUUGGCUGCUGGCUGAAAUUGUAGAUCCCGGCCAGUGCAGAAUGGUUAGCUUGCCUGACAGCACUGAUACUUCUGGCAAGGUUGUUCGACUUCUAUAUACAAACUCUGGAGUUGGCAUUUUGGCACUUGUAUCUAAUGGAGUUCAGAAGCUGUGGAAGUGGUCUCGCAAUGAGCAAAAUCCAACUGGGAAGGCCACUGCAAGUGUCGUACCACACCAUUGGCAACCAAACAGUGGUCUUCAAAUGACCAAUGACAUCAUAGGUGUCAACCUUGAAGAAGCAGUCCCGUGCAUCGCACUCUCUAAGAAUGACUCAUACGUCAUGUCAGCCACUGGUGGAAAAGUCUCAUUGUUUAACAUGAUGACCUUCAAGGUAAUGACAACAUUCAUGCCGCCUCCCCCUGCUUCAACCUUCUUAGCAUUCCACCCGCAGGAUAAUAACAUUAUCGCUAUUGGAAUGGAGGAUUCUACCAUUCACAUAUACAAUGUCAGAGUGGAUGAGGUGAAGUCAAAAUUGAAAGGCCACCAGAAGCGAAUAACUGGUUUAGCCUUCUCCACCAAUCUUAACAUCUUAGUUUCAUCUGGUGCCGAUGCUCAACUUUGCAUUUGGAGUAUCGAUACAUGGGAGAAAAGGAAGUCUGUAACAAUUCAAAUUCCAGCAGGUAAGGCGCCAAGUGGAGAUACACGUGUGCAGUUCCAUUCUGAUCAGAUCCGCAUGCUAGUGGUUCAUGAGACCCAAUUAGCUAUAUAUGAUGCCUCCAAGAUGGAACGAAUUCGGCAGUGGAUCCCACAAGAUGUAUUGUCUGCUCCCAUAUCUUACGCAGCGUACUCUUGCAAUAGCCAACUAGUCUUUGCUACGUUUGUUGAUGGUAACAUUGGGGUUUUUGAUGCUGAUAGCCUGAAACUCAGAUGCCGCAUUUCUGCAUCAUCAUACAUGUCUCAGUCAGUCUUGAAUGGGAGUCAAUCUGUGUACCCACUUGUUGUUGCUGUUCACCCUUCGGAGCCCAACCAAUUGGCAGUUGGGUUAACAGAUGGGUCUGUUAAAGUUAUGGAACCGACAGAAUCAGAAGGGAAGUGGGGGUCGACUCCACCGGCUGAUAAUGGGAUGUUAAACAGUAGAACGACGUCGUCGUCCACCACAAGCAACCACACACCAGAUCAGUUGCAAAGAUGAGAUUUCCCUGUUUCUUUGUUUUGUGAUAGAGUUGUCCUCUGUAAUCUAAUUCCACGUAGAAAUUUAGGAGUUUUAGUUCCCAUAUGUUCUUAAUUAUAAGUAGCAUGGAAGGUGAUUGAUUAUUAGUGAUACACAUUCUUCUUGUAUACCUUGUGUAGCCCAACUCUGUAUUUGAUUCCCCAUUUCCCAGUUAUUUAGAGUGGCAAGCUCGUUUAAACAGUAUUUGUUUCUUUUCCUUUCGAUUUCAAAUAAACAGAAUUGUUAUUUUAGUUCUUA